ACAGGUAGGCUAUACGCCAUAAGGGUUCCGUGUGUCAUUAAGGAAAUUUGUUCCAUUAAGUGGCGACGUGGAGAGCUUCUCUGAAGAUUUUGCUGAACUACAGCCUUAAACAGUCACUAUGGGAGGUUCUAAGUCUAAGUCUGUUCCUGUUCCUGUUCCUAGCCCCUUUUUGCCUGACCACUGGAGGAAAAUUGACUUUUCAACAUCAAACAAGACUAGGCUUCUCGAGGAAAUAAGGAAUUUUGAUAUCGUCCACCCUGAGGUUAAACAGUUACGCAUCCUUGUACAUGGCCCAGUUGGUGCAGGAAAGUCCAGUUUCAUCAGCUCGAUUGCCAGCAUCUUUAAGGGUCGCAUGGUUCAAGCCGCUUUGGUUGAUACUGGUAGCUACAAUGUCGGAAGCUUCACCAAGAAGUUUGAGAGCAUUAAACUCAGAGAUAAAGGCGGGAAGGUCCUGCCAUUUCUCAUCUGUGACAUCAUGGGACUGGAGGACGAUGUGUCUGGGGCUCGUACUGAGGACCUUGUAAUUGCCCUGGAGGGUCAUCUCAAAGAUGGUUACAUGUUUAACCCUGUAGGCUCUAUGGCAAAGAAUGACCCACACUACAACCGUUAUCCAACCUUGAAUGAUAAAAUCCACUGCCUGGUCAGCAUCCUGCCUGGAGAUGGAAUCAACAUGAUGGACUCUGCCGAUGCCCGCACUGUGAUCCAAAAACUCAGAGAGAUCAGAGAGAAGGCCUCUGAAUUGAAAAUCCCUCAAGUUAUUAUCAUGACGAAAGCGGACUUGGCCUGUGCUGAAGUCUACAAAGACCCGAAGAAGAUCUACAAGAGCAAGGAGAUCAAAAAAAUGAUGGAAGUAUGCACUGACAAGUUGGGUAUCCCCCUGAACUUUGUUCUACCGGUGAAGAACUACCAUGAAGAGAAUGCGCUGGAUGAUGGCAUGGAUAUUCUGCUUCUCUCCGCUCUGAAGAGCAUCCUCAACUUUGCCAAUGACCAUGUGGAGAGUCAACUGGAUGACUGAAGCCAUAAACAGAGCACUUAUAAUCACUUAUAAUCAGUAGCCUAUUUAUGCUACAGUGCAUUUACAACACACAUGAAAGUGCAUUACAUUAAGAUGGAGUUAUUGAUGAUUUAUUAAAUCAGCUAAAGCCCAGUAAUGAUCAAAAGGCCAAAUAAUUGCGAUUGUAUGUAAUAUUUGAUCUGUAAAAGAGGUUCACCAGUGUACUUUGAAGAAUUAUUAAAGUAUAUCACUACCAUA